CCUCCACCACUUGCUGUCGGGAAAAGAAAACAAAUCAUGUUUGCUGUGAGACUUCAGCGGGUGAAGGGACUGUAAACAAGCUGAAGGGAGAGGAAGGUCAGAGGCAACCAGAAAGGGAAGAAGGGAGCUGUGGAUGCUGGAACCAUCACAGCCUGCCGGGGAGCGAUCACAGCACGGCCCCUUUGUUGGACUGAAGACAUCUGCAGAUUAAAAGAAGAGUCUUUGGUAGCACACAAACUUAAACAUUCAACCCGCAGGUGGGAGUUGAUCCAGGAUGCAGUCCUGCCUGGCUCUGCUGCUGGGGAUCGUGGCCUCUGCUGCUUCAGCGGAAUGGAGGCGUCCGGUGAUCAAGUGCAACUCUAAAGUCGCGAGUUCUGAGUUGGUGGUCCAGCAUGGGACCCCCUUGGAUCUGAGGUGUGAGAGAGAUGCGCCUGUGAACUGGUAUACGAGGUUGGCCAAACACAGACGCUUCGUGUCCAGGGGCAACGGGAAAGUCCGCUCCUUUAGGGUGGAACGUCCCUCUGCGGAAUUUACUGGAACAUACAAGUGUGCUUACACCGCUGGGCCACAGCAUCCCAGCGCCUCGGUGCACGUGUACGUCAAAGAUCCAAACCGUGCGUUCUGGACCAGCAGCACGUCCCUACGGGUGGUGAAGAAGGAGGGAGAGGACUACCUGCUGCCCUGCUUGCUGACCAACCCGGCAGCGACAGAACUGGGCCUCCGCAUGGACAACGGCACUUCAGUGCCACCAGGCAUGAACUUUACAGUGAACCGGCACCGUGGGAUUUUCAUCCACAAGCUCCACCCGGGCUUCAAUGCCGACUACGUCUGCACAGCCAGGGUUAACGGAGUGGAGAUGAUCUCCAAGGUCUUUUCCGUCUACGUCAUUCAGAAACUCCGUUUCCCUCCAUACGUACUCUUGGAGACGGAUGAAUAUGUGCGCAUUGUUGGGGAGGAACUCAAGAUUUUCUGCACAACACACAACCCCAACUUCAACUACAAUGUCACCUGGAAAUACACCACCAAGUCGAGACCAACUAUAGAGGAGAGGGUGCGCUCCAGUGGAGAAAAUCGCUUGGAUAUACAGAGCAUACUGACCAUCCCCGCCGUGGACCUUAAAGACACGGGAAACAUUUCCUGCCACGGCACGAAUGAAGCAGGCGUGAACAGCUCAACGACAUACCUGCUGGUUGUAGACAAAGCCUACAUACGGCUGUUGCCACAGCUGUCUCCUAAACUAGCCCACCAGGGACUUUCAGUGGAGGUGAACGAGGGAGAAGACCUGGAGCUGACCGUGAUCAUCGAAGCGUACCCCCACAUUACAGAGCACAGAUGGCAAACCCCAACUUCUCCCAACACGUCCACACAGGAGCACAAGCUCAUCAAAUACAACAACAGAUACCACGCUACGCUGCAGCUAAAGAGAAUGAAUGCACAGGAGCAGGGAAUAUACACCUUCUACGCCAGGAGCGACUUGACCAAUGCAUCCAUCACAUUCCAAGUCCAAAUGUAUCAGAGACCAGUUGCUGUGGUGAGAUGGGAAAACAUAACCACUCUCACUUGCACUUCAUUUGGCUAUCCUGCCCCCAGAAUCAUCUGGUACCAAUGUUUUGGGAUACGGCCUUCAUGCAACGAAAACACCUCAGGGCUGCAGCUGGCAAUCCCCCUGCAGGCUCCCACAGUGGAGGUCCAGCGGGAGGAGUACGGGGCCGUGGAGGUGGAGAGCGUCCUCACCGUCGGGCCCUCCAGCCGGAGGAUGACGGUCGAGUGUGUUGCCUUCAACCUCGUCGGCGUCAGCAGCGACACUUUUGCCAUGGAGGUUUCUGACAAACUGUUCACUUCCACCUUGACUGGAGCAGCAGGCAUUCUGGCCAUCCUGCUUGUGCUACUGGUUUUUCUGUUGUACAAAUAUAAGCAGAAACCCAGGUAUGAGAUCCGAUGGCAGAUCAUUGAGGCGAGAGAUGGAAACCACUACACCUUUAUCGACCCCACUCAGCUCCCUUAUAAUGAGAAGUGGGAGUUCCCAAGAGACAAGCUCAAGCUAGGGAAGAUCCUGGGUGCAGGAGCUUUUGGAAAGGUCGUUGAGGCCACAGCCUACGGCCUUGGAAUGGAAGACAAUGCGUUGCGUGUAGCUGUGAAAAUGUUAAAAGCCAGCGCGCAUUCAGAUGAAAGGGAGGCUCUGAUGUCGGAGCUGAAGAUCCUGAGCCACCUGGGUCACCACAGGAACAUCGUCAAUCUCCUGGGAGCAUGCACUUAUGGAGGCCCAGUGCUUGUGAUCACGGAGUACUGCAGCCUCGGCGACCUCCUGAACUUCCUUCGUCACAAGGCAGAGACGUUUGAGAACUUUAUUCUGAGCGUCCCUGACAUUACGGAGCGCUCUAAUGACUACAAGAACGUCUGCAGCGAGAGACAGUUCAUCAGAAGUGACAGUGGGAUCUCCAGUACAUCUUCAAGCAGUUACCUAGAGAUGAGACCCAGCCAGGUUCCCAAUAUGGAAUCAUCUCCAGACUCUAUGUGUGAGGAGACAGGUGAAUGGCCCCUGGACAUUGAUGACUUGCUGAGGUUUUCCUUUCAAGUGGCUCAGGGCCUCGACUUCUUGGCUGCCAAAAACUGUAUUCAUAGAGACGUGGCUGCUAGGAAUGUCCUCUUGACCGACCGCAGAGUGGCCAAGAUUUGUGACUUUGGUCUGGCCCGUGACAUCAUGAAUGACUCCAACUACGUGGUGAAGGGCAACGCCCGUCUGCCAGUGAAGUGGAUGGCUCCAGAGAGCAUCUUCGACUGCGUGUACACCAUCCAGAGUGACGUCUGGUCCUACGGCAUCCUCUUGUGGGAGAUCUUCUCUUUAGGCAAGAGCCCUUACCCCUGCGUGGCUGUGGACUCUAGGUUCUACAAGAUGGUGAAGCGCGGGUACCAGAUGUGCCAACCGAACUUUGCCCCAGCCGAGAUCUACACGAUCAUGAAGAUCUGCUGGAAUCUGGAGCCCACGGAGCGCCCGACUUUUAGCAAGAUCAGUCAGAUGAUAGAAAGACUACUCGGGGAACAACCUGAGCAGGAACAGCUAAUCUACCAGAAUGUGCAGCAGCAGGUCACAGAGUGUGAAGUGAGCGACGCGCUCAAGCACUGCGACGGCCCCCGUGACCCGUCUUGUGACCGCCAGGAAGAGGGGCAGCCUCUGAUGAAGACCAAUAACUACCAGUUUUGUUGAAAGCCCUGCCGAUCAAUGAGUAAAUGAAUAAAUCCACGAUCAUCAGGAGGGUGGAAUCAGCUGUAUAUUUGUGGCCAGAGCACUACAGCCUGCUCGAGACGCCAGACAGUCGCAGAGAGUCGCCUACACAGCUAUUUUUUGUCUGCUGCGCCUGCUCGCCAGACGGACGAGCAGCUGCCGCGAGCAUGUGACUUGCUGCUUUGUAGACCAUGACUAGUAAUUACAACGUCUAAGAGGAAGAGGAGGAAACAUGUCAACAAACUGCGCGAGCGUACCUUAACGUCACUCUUUUCUGAUAUGUAUUUGAGGUAUAAUAAGUUGUCUUCUGAGAGUGUGCUUGAUUAUAUAGCGUGCACUGUGUUUAUUCCUAUUAGAUAAUACUUCCCCAUAACAAUGAACGUCUUUGUAGAUUUCAGUUCCGUUCGUCAGCAGGUUCACAUUUGUUUUGCCUUAAUAGGUUGUCAGAAGACGCAAGCCAGCCGUCACAAACACUGAAUACUUGUGUUUAUGUGCUCGAGACAAGUUAGGUUUUAUUCUCUGAUCACCUUGCAGUGCACCUAAACAGAGUGAGUGUUUUUCCCUCUUUUAGCGUGCUUAAUCAACCAUUGAGAAGGCAAAGAAUGAGCAUGUUGUUUUCGCCUGUGUGCUGAGGUCAUAGCUUUAUUUCCUGUGACACGCUUCCAGCAGCUGUCGUUGUGUGGGAACAUGUGAUUGUUCCACUUCAAACCAAUUCAUUAAGCACUGCACAGUGUGAUUCAGGAGCGGAGAAAUAUAUGGGUCUGUUAUGCAUGAAAUGAACAGUGCUACAAUGUGAAAUCAUUUUUUUUUCUUCAUUUACGGAGCACAUCUUUAUUUUCUGUAGUUUUAGAUGAGUGUUAGCAUGAUGUCUAUUUGUAGCAGUCAGCCUUCACUGCCAACUUUUUGAAGACUUUAGAAUAUUAUAUAAGCUAUGUGAGACAUGGACACUGCGGAUUUGGGUGAAUCCAGGCAUUUCAGAUGUGCUUCAUCUGAAUAAUUCACGGUGGGAAGGUCAGAUAAUGUAUAUAUCUCAUGAUGUAAAUCAACAAUUAUCUUUGUAUUUGCUGGAAUGUUGUAGAGCAGAUGGUAGUAGAUGGUAGUUCAUCGAUAUGUCAUGUACGUGUUGUGUUUUUGUGUGCAGAUGAUACUAUCAAUGCAAAGGCUACAUAUUAAAUCACUGAAAAACUGUG